AUGUACGGGACUUUCAAGGCCUUGGCCUCUUUCCUGGCCGUAGUGGCUGGCAUCCAAGCUCAAGAGAGCUCAGUGAGCCGAAGUUUCUAUGGAAUGGCCUACUCACCCGACGGCGCACUGCUUCCACAGUGUGGAGCCGACCAAGCCAGCGUGACUCGGGACAUGAGCAAGCUUGCCCAACUGACACCCCGUAUCCGAUUAUACGGUGCCGACUGCAACCAGACCGAGCUCGUCUUGCAAGGUAUCAAGGAGGCUGGGAACGUCGACUUGAGCGUCUGGCUAGGCAUCUUCAUUGAUGGGAACGACACGGUCUACGAGCGGCAAUUAAACGCUGUCACCACUGCCAUCCAGAAGUACGGUACCGAGCACAUCGCCGGUAUCACCGUUGGUAACGAGUACCUUCUCCUCUCCUACGGCGAUGGCGGCUCUGCCACCGAUCCCAAGGGAGUUGCCGCCAGGACAACCCUGCUGAACUACAUCCAGAAAACUAACCAGACCUUGAAGGCCAUGAAGCUUGACCGAAACAUCCCCCUCGGCACAGCCGAUGCAGGCUCCGCUGUCACCAAGGAGCUGUGUGCAGGUGCCGACUACGUCAUGGCCAACGUCCACCCCUGGUUUGGACACGUGCCUCUGGAACAGUCUGCUGGAUGGACUUGGCAAUUCUUUCAAGACUUCGACGUCAAUGUCUGCGCCCAAGCCCCCAACAAGCCUAUCAUGUACAUCGCCGAGACCGGAUGGCCCACAGCUUCCGAUAACGCUAGCAUGACCACCAACGGGCCCAGUCCUGCCUCCGUCCAGGGAUUACAGACCUUCAUGGACACCUUCGUUUGCCAGGCCAACAAGAACAACACCAACUACUUCUUUUUCGAGUUGAAAGAUGAAGAGUGGAAGAAGAAAUACGGUGGAGUCGAGCCAUACUGGGGUCUUUAUGAUUUCAACAUGAAAUACAAAGAAGGACUCAAGGUGCCCAACUGCCCCGUGACCUCACCAACCGGCCGCGCCGCUGGCCCCGCCCCGGGCCACUCAGGAUCAGCCGGAAGCGGCUCGAAGAACGGUGCCAAGAGCGCGGCUUCUUCCACUCACGCUGCUGCUUCUACUCUUGCCUUUGCCCUCCUGGCCUCCGGGAUCUACGCCAUCCUUUAA